AGAGCGGCCCCUGGCGGCGCUGCGAUGCUGUUGCUGUGGGUUUGAUUGACAGGAAACAUGUCGGUGCGGUGGUGGGAGAGAAGCGGGAUGCAGCUGCUGCCACGGGAGACAGGGAGCACCCGGGUCCAGUCCUCACGCCAGCCCCUCUGAAGAUGGACGCCGAGGCGAAGCGCGGCCCCUCCACAUCGCUGUAGAGACGCCUUGAUGAAACAGCAGCAACUGCCAGCUCUGUUGUUGCAAUGGAGUCGACUGUAUCACGGCUCAAAGCUCGAGUGUGAACCCGCAGCAGCGUCUCUGUUUGGCGGGGCUCCCCGCGCUCCACUCGCUUUCUCUCUCGGCCCUUUCUUUCACCGCGCAAAAACAGGAGGACUCGCAGGACGCGCUGGCUGAACUAUGAGCGAGGAGAUGACCCAGAGCGAGGAGCAGCCUCUGAGUGUGCAGAAAGCCUUGCAGCAGUGCGAGCUGGUGCAGAACAUGAUCGACAUCAGCAUCUCCAGCCUGGAGGGCUUACGGACCAAAUGUGCCACAUCCAACGACUUGACUCAGAAGGAGAUCCGGACUCUGGAGGGGAAGCUGGUGAAGUACUUCAGCCGGCAGCUGUCCUGCAAGUGUAAAGUGGCCUUAGAGGAGCGAAGCGCUGAGCUGGAGGACUUCCCUCGCCUCGGACACUGGUUCCGCAUCGUCAACCUGAGGAAGGAGGUCACACAGGAGAUGGACCCUGGCGAGGUCACGUUGGAGGGUCUGCUGGAGAUGAACGAGGACCAGGUGUGUGAGCUCCUGCAGAAGUUCGGCGCCAGCGAGGAGGAGUGCGCCCGCCUCAACGCCUCGCUGUCCUGCCUGAGGAAGGCCCACCAGAUCGAACAACUGGAGGAGGACAAAUUGCACAGUGACGGAGGUAGCCAGGCAAAGCAGGACUGGUCCAUCCAGUGGCCCACCUCAGAGUCGGGUAAGGAGAACACCCCGGUGUGCCAGCCAGAAGCUAGCCAGUGGAUCCGGUUCCAGCUCUCCCAGAGCCCCAAAGUCCAGUCCAAGUACAACCAGCACACGUGCCACAGCCCGCAGGCGCUGGCGCCCACCUUCUACACCGACAGACUCACCGUAGACAGUCCCGGAUCAGGGCUCUUCCCGCCCCUGGAGUCCGGCCACCGCUCCCUGCCCCCGUCACCUCGUCAGAGGCACUUUGGCCACACGCCUCCUCGGACUCCCCUGGUGGUCAACACCAUGACCCCGCCCGGCACGCCCCCCAUGAGGAGGAGGAACAAGGUGAAGGCUCCGGGGACACCGCCGCCUCCGAGCCGGAAGCUGAUCCACCUUCUGCCGGGCUUCACGGCCCUGCAUCGGAGCAAGUCCCACGAGUUCCAGCUGGGGAACCGACUGGAGGAAACGCACACGCCCAAAGCCAAGAAGAAGACCAAGCCCCUGAACCUUAAGAUCCACAGCAGCGUCGGUAGCUGUGAGAACCUGCCCACUCAGCGCUCGCCCGUCCACACCGAGCGAACCCUGCGCUCUUUCUUCUUCCCCUCCUUCAUCCCGUCCACACCGCCGGUCCAUGUGGAAACUCCGUCCGGAAACACUCUCUCAGUGCCUCGCUGGUCGCCACAGAUUCCCAGAAGAGACUUUGGAAACUCCAUCAAACACAGGUUCUCUACCAAGUACUGGAUGUCGCAGACGUGCAUCGUGUGCGGGAAGGGAAUGUUGUUCGGACUCAAAUGUAAAAACUGCAAGCUGAAGUGCCACAACAAAUGCACCAAAGAAGCUCCGCCCUGUCACCUGCUGAUCAUCCAGCGAGGAGGACGAGAGUCUCUCAAAGACCAACAAGGAACGACUCCAGGUACAACGCCGUCGCUCACUCGCUCGCUUCUCCCCGACCCACUCACCUUGGUCUCUCCAGUAGCUCGUCUGGUCCGGACCGAGUCGGUGCCCUGCGACAUCAACAACCCGCUCAGGUACACGGACCUGCACAUCAGCCAGACGCUCCCCAAGACCAACAAGAUCAACAAGGAUCACAUCGCCGUGCCCUACCAGCCUGACUCCAGCAGCAACCCGUCCUCCACCACGUCCUCCACGCCGUCCUCGCCAGCCCCGCCCCUCCCCAGCAGCGCCACGCCCCCAUCACCUCUGCACCCGUCCCCACAGUCAGCACGGCAACAGAAGCAGUUCAACCUGACAGCCUCCAGCUAUUUCAAGUACAAGCAGCAGUUCAUCUUUCCAGAUGUCGCUCCAGAGACUCCCCCCAGCCGAGCGCCACAAGUCAUCCUGCACCCAGUUCUGUCGGAGCCCGGGAACGAAGGGAACCCUCUGCUUCAAAUCGAGGUGGAACCCACGUCAGAUAACGAGGAUGGCAAUGACGAAGAGUCCGGGGACGAGUUCGAGGAGAUGAACCUGUCGCUCCUUUCGGCUCGCAACUUCCCCCGCAAGGCCAGCCAGACCAGCAUCUUCCUGCAGGAGUGGGACAUCCCAUUCGAGCAGCUGGAGAUCGGCGAGAUGAUCGGGAAAGGGCGUUUUGGGAAGGUUUUCCACGGCCGCUGGCACGGGGAGGUGGCCAUCCGGCUGAUCGACAUCGAGCGCGACAACGAGGACCAGCUGAAGGCCUUCAAGCGGGAAGUGAUGGCAUACCGCAACACCCGUCACGAGAACGUGGUGCUGUUCAUGGGGGCCUGCAUGAGUCCCCCGCACCUGGCCAUCAUCACAAGCCUGUGUAAAGGCAGGACUCUGUACUCGGUGGUGCGGGACGCCAAAGUGGUGCUGGACGUCAACAAGACGCGACAGAUCGCCCAGGAGAUGGUCAAGGGGAUGGGCUACCUCCACGCCAAGGGGAUCCUGCACAAAGACAUGAAGUCCAAGAAUGUGUUCUACGACAACGGCAAAGUCGUCAUCACCGAUUUCGGGCUCUUCACUAUAUCAGGGGUUCUGCAGGCUGGCAGCCGGAGAGAAGACAAAUUGAGAAUUCCCAACGGCUGGCUGUGUCACCUGGCUCCGGAAAUCAUCCAGCAGCUCUCUCCGGACACGGAAGAGGACAAGCUUCCUUUCUCCAAACAGUCUGACGUCUUUGCUUUCGGAACCAUUUGGUACGAGUUACACGCACGCGAGUGGCCUUACAAGAGUCAGCCGGCGGAGGUGAUCAUCUGGCAGAUAGGCAGCGGGAUCAAGCCCAGUCUGGCCCAGACCGGGAUGGGGAAGGAGAUUUCAGACAUUCUGCUGCUCUGCUGGGCGCACACGCAGGAGGAGCGGCCCAGCUUCUCCAAACUGGUGGAUUUACUGGAAAAGUUGCCAAAGCGGAACCGCCGCCUCUCCCACCCCGGACACUUCUGGAAGUCAGCUGAGCUGUGACCCAGGCGACGACGGGACAGCUCUGCCCUCCACCACGCCCGCUGCCCUGCUCUCCUGGAACUCGAAACAGGACCCUUUCGCGGUCAGAACUUCAGUUCGACGAGCUGACUCUCAGAGAGGCCUUUCCUCCGCUCUAUGCCUGAAGCCCCUUCGCUCCCAAACGUCCUCGCAUUUCUGUGUUGCACCACGCUCAUCAGUCUGUCGGGAAGGUUCCAGUGUGCGAUCCCAGAGUGAUCCUCGUGUCCACACAAUGUGGCUCUGCAGCAAGUCGCCAGUUUCUCACUUUUAUUAGUCCUACUCUCAAGUGCUUAUUGUUGCUAGGUAACAAAACCAGCUUCCAGGGCUGCGUCUUAACUCAUGCUGGUGCUGUGAAUGUUGUGGCCCUCCAUCGUCACGGACCGCCGUGACAUUUGGAAUGUCAAUGAAAGCAAAUACAGCUUCAUCGGGACGGGAAAUCCAACUCAGAGGACGUCUCAUCCAAACACAAACCAGGGACGGGGCUGACAUUUGUGGAGCCUAGAAGGUUGUGUGGCGGGUGAAUAGUGGCGCUGGCGGAGGCAGGAGGAGAGAGAGCUGCUGGGGUCAGAGGUAGCGCUGUGCACAUCUGACCACGCUGGCUAGUACAUGUUCGACUGGACGACACAAACCCGUAAUGAUGGCACUCGGGCGUAAGCCCGGCUGCGGCACAAGGCUUCAGGUGAAGCCACGUUUGUGACCACAGUUUUGGGCAGAUGAGGCUGAGAUGAGACUGUUGUGGUCCAGACCCCCUGCCGAGAGCAGGAUCGAGUCCGAAACUGAAUCCAGACCACAGAAGUCAGUUAGUUUUACAGACACUAUUAUUCCUGAUUACAAAAUAAACAGCGGCCAUUUUUUCUAGAGUAAACUAGCCCUGAAAAUGCUUUCAUUGGAUCAAAUGAGUCCUUUGUUCUUGGUUCAGGUCUUGGUCUCCACACUGUCCAUCAGUUUUGUUGAGUUCCAGACAUCCUCACUCAGUACCUGGCUCCGGCACCCCUUGAUGCCAGCCGCUGACUUCCCCACAGAAAGAGCAUGAAGCUAACGCACAUAAGAAUGAUGAAAUGAGCAUGAAGGCGAUAAAUAAGCGCUAGCUCCAGGAUGGACACACAAGUCCUCAGGAUGAACUACGAGUCUGUUGCACCAGAGUCAGGCAACCAAGCAAAAAAAAAAGCUCAAUAAAUUCAUACCAUCAUCGACCUUCAGACUCCGAAACUUCUCAAUUUACAUGCGUCGCCAUGGCAACCAGCCCACAUCAGAUCCGAACCGGUCAAUCUGCCGAGACACAAACCGGGCCGGACGAUGUUCACCAGUGGCGAGGCCCACACAGAGUCUUGUGCUGAUUGGACGGAUUUCAGUCGAGUGUUUCUCUGAGAGCAGACGCGACUCGCCCUUCUGUUUAUCACCCAAACACCACUUCAUUCUGGAUUGAUUGGGCAACCUCACAAACUGCCUCUCGUUCGUUUCAAUAUUUUCUGCAGCAAUCAGCGUCAACAGCGCCGACCUUUACGCCAGAGGAAACACUUUUAAUUACAGAUUAGAGUUGGCGGGUACUUUGACAAGAGCGCCCCCUGUAGCGCCACGCCUGGGGCGUCGGUUCUAAGCUGGUCAUAAGGCUGAGCACAACUAGGGAUGAUGUCGUGGUAGACCAGAACCAGGUGUGGGUGGGCCUACCCUACUUGUUCAGGGACCUGGCCCAUGGACCUGGCGGCGGGUUGUGCUGACGCGUGGGCGAUGAUCCGACCUGUGCUGACUUCAGAGCGCUCAGGUCGGUCUCUCGCCGGGCCCAUAAUCCCGGCUCUGAGCUGGCUGCGUCAAAAGAAAACAGGAAAAUGAGUCAUAAUCUGCUCUCUUUGUUUUGAAACAAAUGUUUUCGAAACACAAGCUGAAAAAGAAUGAUAGUCACGAGGGUCCGUCCAGAGUUGAAGGUGGCGGAAGUGCCCUAAGCACCAACAACCUCGGUCCGUUGCAGGCCGCAUCCUGGGUCGAGCUAGCUCCCGCUGACUCAAGCCCUGCUCUCAUGACGCCUGCGUGAGUGUAGGCAGAGGACAAACGCUGCUAGAGCACUUCUCCCUCUCACCCUUCCUACAUGCCUGUGGAGAUCAAACACGGUGGCAGAACAUCAAAACCAAGGAGAGAAAUUGGGCUCAUUGACAGAAAAAGGAAGCCAGCUGUUCUUCAGAACCCCUGCUCGCCUGAUUCCCCUCCAGCGCCACAAAGAUAUUUUCAGGUCACAAGGAUAAGAAGCCAGCUCAGAUGGGGGAAGCCUGAGUCAGAGUUCUGUGAAGCAGCGACACUCAUUGCACCAUAAACCCGCGUUCACCACAGCCAACUUCGACGAAUGUAGAUCGGCUCGAUAACUUGAAGCCUGAAGAACUAUGAAAGCUCCCCAACAGGAUAGCUCUUGGAUUGGCACUAGCUCGUCCUGUAAUCUACUAGCUCGAACAUGCACCCUUUAGCAAGUCGAGUCAAGUGUGGGGCGCCAGGAAGCUCGCAACAACAAGUUGUUGGCAGGAAAUGAAAGGCACCUUGGUAGUGAAGCUCAUGCCCUCUCGGCUUGGUAGUCUGUGAAGGGCCACGCGGUUAUUAUUUUAGCAACUCCGUAGUGAUGAAGGUGGUGCGAGAACCAGUUUGACCUGGCAUUGACUCGGUUCAGGCAACGCGAUUGACCGGCUGAGUCACAUUGAGGCCUAACACAGACUUGGCUACACCAGAGAGGAUGUUGGACUUGACCUUGUCUGAGUUGUCAGCGACGCGUCAGCUUCAUCGCCGCCCGAGCUUGUCUGCUGCGAAGAGCCGCUGGGAUGAAGGUUAGAACUCAGCUAGCUUGAACCGGCUCCCUUCAGCUAGUCAAGUCUGAGUCAGUGGUGGACAGCCGCAGCUGCUAGCUCGAGUUGGAGAUCAGGUUCUUCAUCAUCACGAUUCACGACAGUUGAAACAUCUCUGCGAUGGUGGAGCACUUGGAUCAUGUAUUGGAAACAUAAUCUUCAAGAGUUAAUUUUUUUCUUUUUUUUUACUGCACAAACAUAUUUUUGAAUCUGCAGCAUCACCUGCUACAUGUUGCUCAGUUUUAUUUAAACAAUUUCCCAGUUUUACAUACAUUGUUCUCCAUACAGUUAUGUAUGUUUAAUUUCAAUGUUAUUUUCAGUCUUUGUUUUGCGUUCAGUAUUUUUUUAACAGGUUUUAAACAAGUAAUAUAAUCCAAGUUAUUAAAAAGCGUUUUUCAACUCUGUCAUGUCAGCAUUUUUAAUGAAUGAAUUCAUUUCACAGCGUUUUAGCAGGCAGAGUUGUCAUUAUAAAUCAGUGUUAUGAUCAUUGACACAUAAACAUGCUCUGACCUCGAAGGCGACUCCUCACACAAGUUUCCAUAAUUCCAUGUUGCGGCUGACAGACCAUCUCAGAGACUUCAGCUUUCAAAACUGUUCGACACCGAACUCCACCAAGGGCUCUUCACACUUGCAGAACUGUUUCACUUCGACAGAAACGAGUCACACGUACGCAUGACAAAACCGACCCCAGAAAGUCCAGUCGUCCCGAAGUAAGUGACAAAGCUGCCAGACACCGUUUUACCUGCUCAACAGCUCCACCAUGGCUAAUCCCCUUUAAACCGCACCCUCGCUCACUUUCUGCUCCAACACUUUGUCACGAUGCGAAAAGGCGACCCGGCCGUUCCUUCUAGCAUCCUGACGUCCCGAAUCUCAUCAUCCUCAUCCAUCAUGAUGUCAUCAGCCUGACACACUCGCGAUGCUGCCCUCGCUCCUCUGUAAAUGGCUGUACAGUCCGAUUUAUAAAAGUUUUCUACGACCUGAGAAAUGAUUUAG